AUGAUCUCAGUAUUUAAUGCAAUUUAAAAAUUACUUCUAUUCAGUAUGAAGCAGGAUAGAGAAUUAAUGAAAGAAGCAUUGAAUAUUUGGAGAGGACCUAAACUAUAAAAUUAAUGGUUCUAGAGAGUAGCUGAAAUGAUUGCAAAAAAUACAAGAAUCACUCCCUAAAUCGCUUUUUGGAGAAUGAGAGACAAUGCAACUACAUAAAGAGCAGUCAGCUUGAAUACUUUAUAAAUAGUUAAAUGCAAAAAGUUGAUAAAUAAUUUACUAAAGGCAUAUGACAGAGUUAGAUAAAGAGCAUUUACUAAUAUUGAACAUUUUGGAAGAGGAAUUACUGAUGCAAGUUCAUUCUAACCAUCACAUUCAAGUUUCUUAUAAUAAACCCCUGUAAGAGAUUCAUUAGCAAAAUCUUAAGUGGAAUCAAUUUUAUUAAAGAAUAGUCAAUAAGUAGCACUCAAUACAUUGUAAAGAGUGUUCCGCAGACAUUUGAAAUUAAGAUUCACCGAGUUAGUAUUAAUAGCUUCGUAAUGUUAAAAAUUAGGUGAAUAAAUGUUGAAGAGUUCAAUUUAAUCAACCCAGUAUAAAUUCAUUCAUAGAAAAAUGGCAACUGAGAAAUUGAUUGGCAUAAUAGAGAGAAAUGUCUAAUUAAAAGAAUUAGUAUUUUUCAAUUCAAUAGCUAAUGUAUAAUAUUUAAUUUGAAUAUUAGUAAUCUGAUCCUGAUUUGCUGAAAAGAAUGAAUGAAUUAAUAGAAGAAAAUAGUAGAUUAAGAGACUAAGCAACUAAUGAUGAGACUAUUAAUUCUAAAGAUUAAUAAAUCUCAGAAUAGUAAAGAUUAAUUUAGGAUUUAAAUACAAGACUUGAUAGAAUGAGAGGUUAACGGUAUAUCAUAAUUAUAUCAUAAUAGGAUAAUAAAAUCUUUAGAAGAUUAUGAGGAUCAUUUAGUUGAAGAUGGGUUUUUAGCAAUUAAAGAGAGUAAAAGAAAUUGA